AUGAGCACCAGUAUAGACGCUUUCGACCCCGAGUCGAGCGUCGAAGUGGCAGUGGAUGAACAGGCAGUGGAACAAGCAGUAUCACUACCGCCGCCAGUGAAUAGUGGCUACCUGCCUCUGCCCUGGAAGGGUCGGUUAGGAUAUGCGUGUCUCAAUACGUACCUCCGCAAUGCAAACCCUCCGGUAUUCUGCUCUCGGACAUGUCGCAUUGCAUCCAUCCUCGAGAACCGACAUCCCCUCCAAGACCCAUCUCAAGCCCGCCAUGCGACCAAAAAUCGACCAGACCGUAGCCAACUUCCAGACAUUGCGAGGGGCCAAGAAUUUGUCCAGAAUUUGGGGUUGGCAAAUGCCCGGGACUUGAUGACGCUGAUUCGUUGGAACGUGCGAUUUGGAAUUCGCUUCAUGAGAAUCAGCAGUGAGAUGUUCCCUUUUGCGAGCCAUGCACAGUACGGUUAUAAACUUGCGCCAUUCGCGUCCGAGGCGUUAGCUGAGGUGGGACGUAUUGCCGCAGAACAUGGUCAUCGGCUUACCGUUCAUCCUGGCCAGUUCACGCAACUUGGCUCCCCACGCAAGGAGGUUAUCAAGAACGCCAUCAGAGAUCUGGAAUAUCAUGCAGAAAUGCUUAGCCUCCUAAAACUACCAGCCCAGAUGGAUCGCGACGCAGUCAUGAUUUUACACAUGGGCGGCACGUUUGGUGAUAAGGAGAGCACCCUUGAUCGAUUUAGAGAGGUAUAUUCGACAUUGUCGCAAGAUGUUAAAAACAGACUGGUAUUGGAGAAUGACGAUAUGAGCUGGACAGUCCAUGACCUCCUACCCAUAUGCGAAGAAUUGAACAUCCCUUUCGUGUUGGACUAUCACCACCACAACAUUCUUUUCGACGCAGAUAAGAUUCGGGAGGGAACACUCGAUAUCAUGUCUCUCUACGACCGGAUAAGAUCGACUUGGACGAGAAAGUCAAUCACACAAAAAAUGCAUUAUUCAGAACCUACUCCUGGAGCGAUCACCAAAAUGCAACGUCGGAAACAUAAUCCUAGAGUAUACAUAUUACCACCCUGUGAUCCAACGAUGGAUCUAAUGAUUGAAGCCAAAGAUAAAGAGCAAGCUGUCUUCGAACUUAUGAGAAUCUAUAAGCUCCCAGGGUUUGAGAAGAUCAACAAUAUCAUUCCAUACUGCCGUGACGAUGAGAAUAAACCCCCCAGUAAAAGGUCGAAUUCUGCCAGUACUAGCGAUACUCCCAAGCUUGCCUCAAGCGAGAUCAAUAUGGGUGGCCCACAUGGCCGAGUCUAUUGGCCUCCAGGAAUGGAAGAAUGGCUUCGGCCUCAGAAACGCGGACCAAAGACAGCAAUGCUCCAGGCCAAAGAAACCGACAAGUUAGAUAAACCUCGGAAACGAACAAGACAGAAAAAACCAGAAUCUACCUCAGACGAGAAUGACGAUAUAUCACUCACAGAUGACCUAUCUGACGCGAAGCAACCCGUGAAACGACAGAGGCCAAAAGCCAAAGAAGAGAGCAAACCCCAGGAAAACCAGAGUAUUCUACCUACUCGCGCCUCUAGAAGGACAAGAAGUAAAAGGGGGGAUUAA